AUGCAUUUUAAUCGCCAUAGCCAAGAUAAUUCCGGAGACCUUCAAGCUGAUUCAUCUGAUACUAUAUCAGAGACACUUCUCCCACCAUCAAAUCUAAGGAGACGAUCCAGCAAUUUAGCAAGAGAACCUGACCACUCCAUUGAAGUUUUUGGUGAUUCCCAGAACUUCUUCCCAUCAUUUGCCAAUCUUUUCGAGCCGAGACAGCAAAAUAACUAUAAAUUGGGUUUCGGCAGCCAAGAAGCAGCUUUCAGCCAGCGUCCAAACUCCUACAGAUCCUUACUGAACUAUCCCCUGUUUGGGGGCUACAGAGCGUUAGAAAACUUCGCCAAGCAAAGUACUCCAGCAGCUGAACCCCUAGUCGAAGCCAGCUCCAGCGUCCUCGGCUCUGGAAACUUUGGCAUCAUCAGAGGAGGAACGUUCUUCGCCCAAAAUGACGAAGACGACUUCAGCGAUAGCCUGUCCUACUACAACAAUGGCCACGGUAGACCGUCACUGAAUCUUGGCUACAUAGCAAAUCCAAGGCCCAAUUACAACCACGACCAGUUCGCUAACUUCAAAGACUUCGCCGAUAUAAACACACCAUCGAAUUCAGACUAUUCUCAUUUCGUUGUAGUGUACGCGAAUAAAAACGCUACACUAGACGAGGUGAGUGAAGAAACAAGACAAGUUGUCUCGAAACCUAAGAAUAUAAUUGAAACAUUGGAACAACUCGACACGACGGCUCCACCAAAAUUAUCUAAAUCGAAAGCGAAAUUGGCAGCGACGAAACAAAAGAUGCAAUCAAAAAAAGAGCAAUGGAAAAAGGCGAAACUUUCGAUAAAACACGACCCAGAGGAACCAUUAUUAGCGUUAAGUUAA